AAAGGAUGUCACAUCAUUUCCAUGUGAUGCGUGUUGAUGAUUAUAUGUCUGUAAAGCGACCCAAGAUAGGUUGUAGUUUCAGCUCUGAAAGAUGUUCUCUUCCUAACCCCGACAUUAAUGUUUGGAAGGGCCGUUUAAAGUAUCAACCUGGUCAAGUGAGUGUGAGAGCCCUUGGGAUGCUUGCUGGCGGUUCUGGCAUUACUCCAAUGUUUCAGGUAGCUAGAGCUGUAUUAGAAAACCUAAACGAUACCACUAAGGUGCAUCUCAUUUAUGCCAAUGUUUGUUUAGAGGACAUGCUUUUGAAGGAAGAGAUAGACAGACUUGCUUCAAACUACCCUGACCACUUUAAAGUUUACUCGCACUAAAUCAGAAGGCUGAUAAUGAUGUGUACCCCUGCAAAUAUGGGAUGGUGGUGUAGGAUUUGUAACCAGGAAAAGAUCCAAACUCAUAGCCGCCCCUAGCCUGCAUUUGAUAUUCAGUGAUGACAUCACCACCGACGAAGAAGAAGAAGUGCAGGAGCAAGAUGACGAAGAAAGCGCUGCAGAAGAGUACAACAGCAGCACUGAUAUCUACAGCUGUGGAGGUGGAAACCUGGGAACAAAGAUGUUAGGAUCAUCAUCAAAGAAGUCAUGGUUACAAGAAUGGGACCAUGUGUUUCCUUUAAUAUCAGCUCUAUGUUUGUUCCUUGAUCCUACCUUCUUUUACACACUCUCUCUUAACGAAGAUGGCAUGUGUUUUUUCAUUGAUUCCUGGUUUGCACUCGGCCUCUCGCUUCUCCGAUCAGUUAAUGAUGCCUUGCACAUCUGGAAUAUGUGGCAUCACUACCGCAGAUCAACCCCUGCUGCUGCUGUGCAUGGGGUCCGGAGAAGGUGCGGUGGUAUAGCAUUGCAGAAUUUCAAGGGCAAAAUGGUCUUCUUCCUUAAUGCAUUUGUCCUCUUACCUUUGCCACAGGUUGUAAUAUUGAUUGUGGUUCCGGCCAUGUUGAAGAAUGGUGAACAAGCAAGAGCGAUGACUUUAAUGCUCAUAAUAUUUCUGUUCCAAUACUUUCCCAAGAUAUACACUACUGUUUGCUUGUUGCGCCGCAUGCUCUUUCAGUACAUUUUUGGAGCAGCUUGGUGGGGGAUAGGCCUAAAUAUCAUUGCAAUUUUAGUAGCUUCACAUGUGGUGGGAGCAUGUUUCUACUUGCUAGGAACACAAAGGUCAGCUAGGUGCUUGAUGGAGCAAUGUAUGAAAACAGAGAGUUGUACAUUUAAAGCACUAUCUUGUGAAAAUCCUUUCUCUUUCGGCGGAGCAUAUAAGGUGACAAACAAUAUUAGAAGGUCAUGGGGAAGUAACAAUGAUGCCAGAUCAUGGUGCCUCCAAAGCAGUGAUAAUAGUCGGUAUGAUUACGGAGCCUUCGAAUGGAUCACUCUACUCGUUUGCAAUAACAGCCGUAUAGAGAAGAUGCUUCUUCCGCUCUUUUGGGGCGUCAUGAUGCUCUGCACAUUUGGGAACCUUGGGAGCACUGAUGACUGGUUAGAGAUUGUGUUCAUGAUGAUUGUGACUGCAUGCGGCCUCGUGUUGGUCACCAUUUUAAUGAGCAACAUUAAGGUUUACUUGAUAGCAACAUCAUCUAAGAAACUUGCAAGGAAAGUAAACGUUAACAAUAUCGAAUGGUGGAUGGAGAGGAGGAACAUGCCACAGGGAUUGCGUCAUAGAGUACGUAAAUAUGAGCAGCACCAUUGGAUUGCAACGCGUGGCAUAGAUGAAGGUGAUGUGAUUCGAAGUCUCCCCGAGGAUCUUAGGAGAGAGAUUAAGUACUAUCUCUGCCUGGAUUUGGUGAGAGAGGUACCUUUGUUCCACCACAUGGAUAGUUUGGUACUGGAGAACAUUUGCGAUAGAGUGAAACCCCUCGUCUUUCCUAAAGGAGAGAUUGUAAUUAAAGAAGGUGAUCCGGUACAUAGAAUGUUAUUCAUCGUAAGAGGCCAUCUUCAAUGCACGCAAGUAGUUAGAGAAGGAGUUAACAGUUGUUGCACCCUAGGCCCAGGAAAUUUUGGCGGGGAUGAGCUAUUGUCUUGGUGCUUAAGGAAGCCAUUUGUAGAAAUUCUCCCACCAUCUUCGUACACGCUUAUAAGUCUUGAAGCAACUGAAGCAUUCGGCCUUGAAGCGGAUGAUGUUAAAUAUGUGACGCAACAUUUUCCCCUGAAUGAAAAGGUGAAAAUGAUUGCUCGAUAUUAUUCCCCUGGUUGGAGGAUCUGGGCUGCUGUUACCAUUCAGCUGGCUUGGCUACGAUACAGGCACCGCUGAACACUUCCAUAUAUCAUGCCUAAAGGGCCACUGUUUCUUUCUGCUUCACUUCGAGAGGAGAGGCUCCGGCUCUUUGCUGCACUGCUGACUUCAUCUAAGCCCCAUCAAGAUAAUAGUGUUCCCUAGAUGAAAUAAUUAGGAACUGAAAACUUCAGACACCUUGUUUCUUUGAUUUUGUAACUUUCUCUCGAAUUAAAUUACAUUUGUAGUUGAAUUUGCAUUUUCGGUUGAUAC